GUGACAUGGGGUUUAGAGGAAAUUACAAGGACGCCCUCCAUACUCUUCUUCUGUCAUAAACUUCCAGCACAAUCCAAACUUAUCAUGGAGCACGAGAUCGAUGGCUGGAUUGAACAACUCAGUCAAUGUAAACAACUAACAGAAGCGGACGUAAAGAAAUUGUGCGACAAGCCAGUGCGAUGCCCAGUAACUGUGUGCGGUGACAUCCACGGUCAAUUUCAUGAUCUUUCUGAGCUAUUCCGCAUCGGUGGAAACUCACCAGAUACCAACUACCUCUUCAUGGGAGAUUACGUGGAUCGAGGGUACUACUCUGUUGAAACAGUGACUCUACUUGUGGCACUCAAGCUGCGGUAUCGCGACCGUGUUACGAUUCUUCGGGGAAACCACGAGUCUCGACAAAUCACGCAGGUGUACGGCUUCUAUGACGAGUGCUUGCGGAAAUACGGAAACGCUAAUGUGUGGCGGUUCUUCACCGAUUUGUUUGACUACCUUCCCCUCACUGCCCUCAUCGAUAACCAAAUAUUCUGCCUGCACGGCGGUCUCUCACCUUCUAUCGACACAUUAGAUCAUGUUCGCUCCAUCGACCGCGUGCAGGAAGUUCCUCACGAAGGUCCUAUGUGCGACCUUCUAUGGUCUGACCCCGACGAUCGGUGUGGUUGGGGUAUUUCACCCCGCGGGGCGGGGUACACUUUCGGGCAGGAUAUAUCUGAGGCUUUCAACCAUAAUAAUGGGUUGACCCUUGUCGCCCGAGCACAUCAGCUCGUCAUGGAGGGUAUGUGUAUAUUCAACACGACGCUAGCUUGUUAUAGUUGGGGUCAAGAUCGGAACGUCGUGACGAUCUUCAGCGCACCGAAUUACUGUUACAGAUGCGGUAACCAGGCGGCGAUUAUGGAGAUAGAUGAAAAAUUAUCAUACAGCUUCCUACAAUUUGACCCCGCCCCCAGAGCGGGUGAGCCGCUGGUUUCACGGCGUGUCCCGGAUUAUUUCCUGUGCCUGCGUCGUGUAUCCUACCUUGGGGCUGCGUCAGUCUCAACAACGAACAUUAUAUACCACGUUACACGACAGAGUAAUCACUACUCAUCCUUCAACGUCAUUAAUUCGACGUUCUUCAAGGUCAUUUUCCGUAAGAUGCUCAUUGCUCGCUAUAUUGCCCCCCGUAUGGACUGUGUAUUGUAGGAGGAUAAAAGAAUAGAGAAUUGUGAUCGAGGCUU